AUGGAGUCACUGGAAGGUAAAUCUUACUGCGCCAGUGCGUUCCUGGACGUAUCUCAAGCGUUUGACCGCGUGUGGCAUGAGGGAUUGUUAUUCAAGUUGAAAAAUGCACUAGUAGAUCACUUUUACGGGAUAUUAAAAUCAUUCCACCAGCAGCGCCAUUUCAUAGUACAACAAGGGGAAGCCCUGUCAGAUCUCUGCCCUACUAAAGCUGGAGUCCCGCAGGGCAGCGUACUGGGUCCCAUACUUUACUUACUUUUCACUGCGGACCUGCCGACAUCUGAAUCCUUAAUCACUGGAACCUUUGCUGAUGACACUGCUAUACUGGCUACUCUUAGCGACCCAAAAAUGGCCUCACAAAUACUUCAAAAGGGGCUAAAUGACAUAUCCCACUGGCUCAAAAAGUGGCGAAUAAAAGCAAAUGAAAUAAAAUCAGUCAAUGUAAAAUUCAACCUAAGAAGGGGCUCUUGCCCCCCCCCCCCAGUCACACUUAACAACAUUGUAGUUCCUCAGGCAGAUCAUGUGAGAUACCUUGGAUUGUACUUGGACAAAAGUCUUACCGGGCAAAAACAUAUUUUAACUAAGAGAAAGCAACUCGGUAUUCAAACGCUUGCGGGAAAACUCUACUGGCUCAUAGGGCGAAAGUCUCAAUUGUCUCUAGAAAACAAAAUACUUCUGUACAAGGAAAUACUGAAACCUAUCUGGACGUGUGGAAUCCAACUGUGGGGUACUGGAUCCCAUUCAAACAUCGAAAUCUUACAAAGGUUUCAAAAUAAAGCACUCCGCAUGAUAACCAAUGCCCCCUGGUAUGUGCCCAACGAAUUACUUCAUCAUGAUCUAUGCCUGCCUAUUGUGAAACAGGAAAUCAUACGCCAUACUAGAACUUAUAAAGAGCGCAUCGAACGUCAUCCAAAUACUCUGGCCCGGCCACUCAUGGCAAACCACAACAAAGCGCGACGCUUAAAGCGCAAGAUACCCCAAGAUUUAAUACAAACACAAACACAGUAA